GUGUCAGAGAAAUCGCGGUUAAUCCUCCGCGGAUCGAAAUCACGUUUUCCGCUAAAUUCAUCCGAGUGCAUGUCUUUCCUCGCGCGAUCGAGCACUUUGAGGAGAUGUCGGUGUUACGUGCCGGUUACGUCGCCUCGUAUCGGAUCUUCGUUAACACAAGUUCUCUAGUCGCAUCAAGGCGCUUUACGUCGACAAGCAGUUGCAUCAAAAUGCCGAUAAAAAGCAUUAAGGCCCGUCAGAUUUAUGAUUCCCGUGGAAACCCCACUGUAGAGGUCGAUCUCGUCACCGAGCUCGGACUCUUCCGCGCAGCAGUACCAUCCGGUGCGUCUACCGGCGUUCAUGAAGCCUUGGAACUGAGGGAUAAUGAUAAAUCGAAAUACCAUGGAAAGUCCGUUUUUAAAGCUAUAGAAAACGUAAAUUCCAUCAUCGCGCCUGAAUUAUUGAAGGCCAACUUGGAAGUUACACAGCAAACAGAAAUCGACAACUUCAUGCUGAAGCUGGAUGGCACACCGAAUAAGUCCAAACUUGGAGCGAAUGCAAUUUUGGGUGUCUCUUUAGCAGUUUGCAAGGCUGGCGCUCAGAAGAAAGGCUUACCCUUGUACAAAUAUAUUGCUGAGUUAGCUGGUAACAAUAACAUAAUCCUGCCAGUACCAGCACUCAACGUUAUUAACGGUGGUUCUCACGCUGGCAAUAAACUGGCUAUGCAAGAAUUCAUGAUCUUGCCUACUGGCGCAUCCAACUUCACAGAAGCGAUGAAAAUGGGCAGUGAAGUCUACCAUCACUUGAAGGCAGGUAUUAAGAAGAAGUUCGGCCUCGACGCCACGGCGGUCGGUGACGAGGGUGGCUUCGCACCAAACAUUUUGGAAAACAAGGAAGCUCUUAACUUGAUCAUGAACGCCAUUAAGACCGCUGGUUAUGAAGGAAAGAUCAAAAUCGGCAUGGACGUUGCCGCCUCUGAAUUCCACAAAAAUGGAAAGUACGACUUGGACUUCAAGAAUGAGAAGUCCGACCCGAGCACGUAUUUGGAACCGGAAGCGCUGAAGAACUUGUACUUGGAAUUUGUCAAAGAAUUCCCGAUCGUAUCGAUUGAGGAUCCCUUCGAUCAGGACGGUUGGGAUUCUUGGACGGCCAUGACCGCGGCCACUCCCAUUCAAAUCGUCGGUGACGAUCUUACCGUCACGAAUCCCGAGAGAAUUAAGACGGCUAUUGAGAAGAAGGCUUGCAACUGUCUGUUGCUGAAAGUCAAUCAAAUCGGUAGCGUGACCGAAUCCAUCAACGCUCAUAAGCUCGCCAAGAGUAACGGUUGGGGUACCAUGGUCUCUCAUCGUUCUGGAGAGACGGAGGAUACGUUUAUCGCCGACCUGGUCGUCGGUCUCUCGACUGGCCAAAUUAAGACGGGCGCGCCCUGCCGCUCGGAGCGUUUGGCCAAGUACAACCAGAUCUUACGUAUCGAGGAGGAGCUUGGUGCAGCCGCGAAAUACGCCGGAGAGAAAUUCCGCAACCCUCACGCUUAAAUGAUGACAUUACAGCUCAUCACAGCCCAUUAUCGUAAAAUUUUAACAGUCUGUAAUGUUAUUUGAGUCAAUUGUUUAUUUUUGUGAUCAUUCUAAGUGCAGUGUAGUUUGAAAACAUAUUUUUCUUAACUCAGCUAAAUGAUAUUCAUGAUAUACAUCAUGCACAAUAAUAGAAAUUAUGCCAAAUAUGAUGCGCUUGUCAGUCUAGGAAUCGCCGUGAAAAGGAGACUUGCUCUAUAGAGAGUAAAAAAGAUGUAAAGUUUAUAUAUCAUAGGUCUUCUUUCUGGUUUUAUUUUAUCAAUAGCUAUCAAUAAUUUUCAGUUUUCAUUUUUACAAGAUAUAAUGUUAUGAAAAAUUGAUGAUUCUGUCAACUACAUAUUUAGAAUUCGAUAAUCAAUAUAUCGAAAAAAUGAAUAUAUUAAAGAAAAAUGUAAUUUAAAUAUAAGAAAUGUUGUAUAGUGUGAUUAUAGAUAUGUCUAUAUGUAACAUAUACAAAGAGAGAAAGACAUUCGAAAAGAUAAUAAAGUUUUAUUCCAGUGUCAA